CGCCGUUUCCAUAACAACGCGAUCAGGAAGAACUGAAUACUGAAGGAAAAGGCGCUUUCGUUCGUAAAUUUAAAAAGCAUGUUAUUUAAGAUAACCUACAUUAGCUUCUCGCCUUCAUGGCUCGGUGAAAGUUGAAAGGCUCUAUCCUGUGACUGUAACAGCGUCGUUUGGUAAAGAUGUCGUUGUCCACGGCCAGAGCCAGUCCAGCGCCAAGCUCACCCAGGGGAGAGCAAGCAGACGAGAUUGACCUGAGAGUCCAAGUUCCAGAUCAGGAGAUCAGGAAGGAGCCUGUCAAACGAACGGGCAUCCCAGCAGAACUGCUGCUCAGCCUCACCUCCACUGUCCCUAAGAACACACAGGGCCAGACUGCACAUCACCGAAGCUGUGAAAAUGACGGAAUCAGACGGCCAGAUGGAGUUUGGCAUUAUCCGCUUGGACGUACCAAAUACAAAUACUUUCUGGAACAGCCAACAUCGCUGACAGAAGCCGGCAGGGAUAUUUCAUUCCUGUGCGAUGCUGUGCUUACGCACAAAAAGAUGACUGCUCUUCCACCACUGCAUGAGAAAUUGAAUGUCAAACAAAAUGUGAUCCCUGAAGAGUAUCGCAUUGUGAAGAACAAAGGAAUACGAUGCCUCCAGUUGUAUGACGAUGCAUUCACAGUGCAGCUGAAAGACCACGAGCAGAAGUUACGAGUCCUCCCAUCACUGAGGCCCAGUGGCAGGCUGGAAGUGAUCCAGCUGAUGCAGAUGAUGGAUGACAUGCUGGAAAAGGCUGGAGUGGAUCAGCAGGACGAAGAGCUGACCGAUCUGUGCCAACUCGAGAGCUUGUUGGAACUGGUGAAGAAAGAGCAGAACAUCUACAACAUCGUUUUCCAUGAACUGAUCAGGCAGGUGACCGUCGGCUGUGCUGAGAGAGGACAGCUCCUCGCCAAACUCAGGCAGCGGUACCAGUCUCUACUGGAGCGAAUCCCCCUGCGCCUGAAGGCAUUACAUACUGAGGUGGUGGCGCAGCGGGCUCUGGACCGUCGGCUCAUUGAGGAAAUUUACCACAUCAAGAAAUCCAUCCAGCAGAUAAACAUGGAACUAGCAAAAGUGAGAGACCAUGAUGCUUUUGUUUCCAAUAAGAUGCAGCACGCACAGGAGGAACUCGCCAAAAGCUACAAAGAAACUCUCAGCUACUCAGAUGUUGUCCAGGGUUACCACCAUAUGUACGAGUUGCACAGGAGUCGUCUGGAGGCUCAGCUGGUACAGAUGACUGAAGACAGAGACUAUUGGUGCAGGUUCACCUUCAACCUCGCCCUUAAAGUGAUUAAAGUGAAGAAGCUCCAGAUUGUCAGUGAGAUGUAUGUCAGUGAGGAAGGCUGGUGCGAGACAGCACAGGACUGCCUCGUCUACAUCUCCACAAAGGAUAUACGUGAUCUGGAUGUCAUAGUGGAGACAACCAACAAGUGGAGAAAUCAGCUGAUUGCCCUCAUGUUCUUUGUGAAGAAGAUUCAGCAUUCUCAGUUUGAACAGAUCUCCUCCUUGCAGGAAGGCAUCAAAAAGUGGCAUCAACACCUCAGCACACAGAAUCUGGAUAAGUUUGCAGAAUAUGACGUUACAGCAAUUGCAGAAAUCCAUGCAGACUUAUGGAAGUGGUCAAAUAAGCUGUCACUUCUAUGUGAGGAAAGCCAAGGUGAAAGAAAUGUUAUAUUUCAGAGGAGACUGGAUGACCUCUAUAGUACGCUGGAUAAAUUUACAAAAAUAAGCCUCCAGACUGUUGAAAGGCACAUUUUCCCUGAUGUUGAGCCUGCUGUGAGCCUUGAGACUAUAAGAGAGCUGCAGAAAGUCCUAAUUGAACUUCUCAAACAGUAUAACUUUCAAGUCAAUGAGAUCCACCGACUCAUUACAUGCAUGUUUAAACUGAUCGACAACUGGGCUAAUGAAACUCAUGAUGCGCUGCAGCUGUUCUGUCCUCAGUCAGCGAUGACCGCCUCUGAUUGGGUUAAACUGGAAGAAGCUUUGUCUAGUUGCAAGAAGAUAACUCAAGAGAUAUAUUUGUACUUCCCCUUCGCACAAACGGACAAACAAACAGACAAACAAACGGACAAACAAACAGCUAAACAAACAGCCAAAGAAACGGACAAAAAAAUGGUCAAAGAAAUCCCUAACUUGUACUCAGGGACAGAAAAGGUUGUAGACGACGUUCAGGAUCUCACACAACGCCUGUUCAGCUUCACUGAGGCUGAGAACAAGAAACUGCUGGAAGAGGUGGCUUCUCUUCAUGAAGGUCAAUCAAACUUGAUGUUGGCUUUGUUGCUUCACAUGUUACCUGACCAGACUGAGGAAGAAGAUAGAUAUCUGAAGCCUAAAGACCAACUAAAAAACUCAUUACUAGUUUUAGUUGAGGAUGCAGAAAGGCUUUCUAAGAAAUUGGUCUAUUAUUCCGGCUUUAUUUCCAGAUCAUCCAAAUUAAUUUUGGAGCAGGCAAUUGUAGUGGACCCUUAUGAUGCAGAGGUGGAAAAUAAGACAAAACAGUUUAAAAAGCUGGAGACAGAUUGUAAUAAGUGGUUGGAAAGUUUGGAAAUACUGCUCUUAGGACUUAAUGAGAAAUUUGAGGAGGAACUCAUCAAGCAAUCCAAAAAAUCUUCAAUCAUCCCUCAGCCACCAGAAAGCAUGGAGACUCAGACCAGUGAAGGUCAUUUGCAGGAGCCCAGUCCAACUGACACAACCAGAGAUGGUACUGAACCAGAAAAAACGGAGACCAGUGAAGGUCCUUUACAAGAGGCCAGGCAACAUGAUGAAACCACAGAUGGGACUGAACCAGAAGAAACUGAGAUGAUGAGUGAAAAACCUGAAACAAAACAACAAGAGAGGCCAUCAAUUAAGCUGAUAGACUAUGAUAGAAGCAUCAUUCAGCGAUUUCAGGAUGACAGCAUGGUCCAGCUGCCUCUGGGCAAUGAGCUGGUUGUGUGUCCGGUAACAGAAGAAGCUCGAAAAGCUUUCUCUGAUCUAGCAUCACUAGUGCUGCUGCAGAAAGAACUAAGUGACUCUGAGAAGCAAACAAUAAUUGCUGAGAAGCGAGCUCGGGAAGCUGAAGAGGCUCUGACUGAAGCGCUUAAUAAGAUUAAAGACCUGGAGAGAUUGCUCCAGAGUCAGCCUGCUCCUGAGUCUCCAAGCAAAGAUGAGGAAAAGAUAACGCCACCUCAUUCUCCACCUACAGCUGCAGAACCAACUUCUGAAACAUAACCCACAUCUGAAUCCAAAAAAGAAAGCAAUGCCUCAAAGAAAACAGGUUGUCACUCUAUGUUUAUGUUUGAGGCUGUCUUAUUUAUUUUUGUUGUAUUUGGCAAAGAAGAAAAAAAUAAUCGGCUACAUUUAACAACCCACGACUACUUAAAGUGUGACGCAUAAAUAAAAAAAACUGAAGAAAAGAGAAAAGCAAUGUACAUUUAUAGUUUGGAGAGGUUUUCUUUCAUCGCCUUAUUGUACAAGGAUAUACCUCACUUCCUGAUACUGUGUGCUGUGCAUUUACUUGUGGCACCUGUCAACCCUUUGUCCCUUCAAUGUCUCUCUUCUUCCUGCUGUAUUAAUAAAUGUCUAUGCAAAUAUU